AUGAUACCGACUAAAUCAAUCGGUUCUCUCUCACAAGCUUCCAUCGGAAACCUCACCGGCGAACCAGAGGAGGAAGACGGCGUCGAGGAUUCGGAUUCGUCCGAUGAAGAGGAACUUCCGGCUUCGGUAUCCUCAAUUGGUUUAACCGAUGGAAACACAGCAGCAACCGGUUCGGGUUCGGUAACCGGCUGUGCGGGUUGA